AUGACAUUAAUUACCAUUAACAAGAGAGGCUUACCAAAGUUGACUACGGCCUCCACAGCGACAACAGCUAGUUCAACCAGCAUAAUAACAUCAGCUGUUUCUUCAUCUUCUUCUGCAUUACCUUCGUCCAACUCUACAUCAUCUUCUGUCAUCCCAAGUAUCACUCCUCCGUCUAAAAAUGGUAACCCGUAUAUUAUAGAUUCUGGCAGUAUGCCUAAUGGAACAGUAUUCAUUAUAGUUGGUGCCAUUGCGGGAGCGAUUUUUUUGGCUAUACUUCUAUGGUGGAUAAUAGUGACGUAUUCUUCCCAUAGACUGACUAAAAGCGUUCAAGACUAUGAAUCAAAAAUGUUCUCCACACAGCAUACCCAAAAUUACGGUGAUUCUUCGUACACGGAUUUGUCAGCUAAAGGCCUCUACCAGGAUCACCCCCACGACCGGUUUGAUGAUAGCGACGCUGAAAAUAAGGAUGAAUCGGCCAAAAUUGCGCUGGUCUAUCAUAAUGUCAAUGAGAAAAUACUUUCAAGUAAUUUUGAAAGACCAAUAUCCCCUUUAGUAUCUAACUCGAAUAGAAAUUCUUUAUUUAUUUCACCAACCGGUGAUAUUUUGAACAAGACAAGAUUAUCCAAACUUUACCAGGAAAGUCCGAAGUUACUACAAAAACCUUUGGUUGCAACCAGUAACAAUGCGUCUUCAAAUUCUCUAAUUUCCACAAUCUCUUCGUCAUCCAUAUCGUCGACUGAUAAUGGUAACGAGAAGAAAAUCGAGGAAGACAUGAAGAAACCUGCCAGAAUUGCAGCCUCACCAAACCGGAAGCUCUCAGGUUCACCUGGAAGCAAUGACAGCUCAAAAAGCCAACGCAGUAAGGGGAGUUCGUUGGCUGUGCAGCCCAAAAGAAAAGCUACGCCUUCUACAUACCUUGAAGAUAUGCUAGAGGGAAAACAACAGGAUGAGUAA